AAAGAAAUUUAUUUUAUAUUUCUCACAUUUUUAAUAUUAUAAAUACACAAAGUUUUUUUAUAUAAUUCAUAGUAAUUCAUAUUUUUUUAUAUAAAUAAUUUAAUUUUGAUAAACUGUUAACCGAUUUUUAGUAAUUUUUGUUAUAAACAUUUGAAAUGUCUGUCCAACAAAAAGUGAUUAACUUUUCUCCCGGUCCGGCAAAACUGCCAGCAGAGGUGCUCAAAAUAGCCCAGAAUGAACUGAUCCAUUACGCUAACACUGGUAUUAGUAUUAUGGAGAUGAGCCAUCGAUCUCAAGAAUUUGAAGCAAUUGUCAAAAAUGUUCAAAACUUGUUGAGAGAACUAAUAGGUAUACCCGAUAACUACAGUAUUUUAUUGAUGCACGGUUCGGGUACCGGACAGUUUGCUGCACUACCGAUGAAUCUCGUUUCACAGUUUAUGGACGGUUCGGUUGUCGAUUAUAUAGUGACCGGUGCCUGGAGUGAUAAGACAUUGAAAGAGGCACAGAAAUAUGUGUCUAAUGUCAAUCGGGUGACACCGAAACAGACCGCUUAUGUGGAAAUACCGGAAAGAAAUCAAUGGAAACUGGACGCCAAUGCAAAAUACUUUUUCUAUACGGACAACGAAACAAUUCACGGAAUUGAAUUCCCGUACAUUCCCGAAGGAUUACCAAAUGUGCCGCUAGUGGCCGAUAUGACCUCCAAUUUUUUGACCCGACCUAUUGAUAUCAAAAAGUACGGCGCAAUUGUGGCCGGAACUCAAAAGAAUUGCGGUAUCGCUGGACUCGGCAUAGCUAUUGUUCGCAAGGAUUUGAUCGGCAAAGCUAUGUCUGUUUGUCCAUCGAUUAUGGACUACAAGAUAAUGGACGACAACAACUCACUAUAUAACACACCACCAGUUUAUUCUAUUUAUAUGUGCGGACUAUUCCUUCAGUGGAUUAAAGACAACGGAGGUCUUGAAGCUAUGGCUAAGCGAAGCACCGAAAGAUGUCAACUGAUAUACGAUAUUAUCGAUAACUCCAACGACUUUUACUAUUCGCCAAUUAAUCCCAAUUCGCGAAGUCGUGUUAACAUACCAUUCCGUGUGGGCGGUAAGUCAGGUGAUACCGAUCUGGAGAAGCGGUUCGUCGACGAGGCAAAGGCUAAGGGUAUGAUCCAACUGAAGGGUCAUCGAUCUGUUGGUGGUAUCAGAGCAUCGCUUUUCAAUGCAAUGACUGUCGAAGAGACACAAGUUUUGCGCCAAUUUAUGAUUGAUUUCCAAAAGACAUAUAAAAAAUAAUCCAUAUUUUUAACAUUUUCUGAUAAUUUGAUUAUUACUAUAAAACUAA